GCCUGCUCUUGACUAAAUCAACCUGAAGAGCAGCUUGCAAAGUGAUGAAGUUUGCAGCCAAUCACAACGGCUCCUGAUGACAUCACCUCCAGGCGAUAGACAGGUAAAAAUGAAAAGGGGCGCAAAGAAAAGCGUCUGGGAGAGCGAAUCGAGCAAUUGAAAGGCGGACGGCGCCCCCUGGAGGCGGCAGCGGCGGGGGAUUUCCUGGGCGGAAGCGGCGGAGGCGGAGGGGGUUUCCACUGGUGACCCGAGCGCCGUACCUCGCCGCAGUACCCCCGACGCCGUUACCGGAGCGCCGUACCGUCCGCUUCACCCGGUUGCUAUCCCCGGCGUGGGCGUGGGCGAGGAGAGGAGAGGAGAGGAGAGGAAGCCUCGGAGGUGGACCAUGAGGAAGCCAGCCGCGGGUCGGCGGUUCGAGUCCCGCAGAGAGGCGCCGAGGAGCGCCUGAGGUGAUUCAUGUCAUGUCAGCCGGACGCAGCGUUGAAGGGAGGGAGGUGCAGCUUCCCCUCCAGCAGGUGGCGCCCUCCCUCAUUCCGCCCCUGUCCGCCGCACCUCCCGUCGGCCCCCCCCCAAACCGGCCGGCCAAUCCCUGGCCUCCGGGCGACUCUUCGCAAGGUGCGGCGGCGGGCUUCCUGCCGCAGGACGGCGGCUUCACGGAUCGCUUCGUGGACGUCCCCGAGGAGAAAUAUCGCUGCGAGUCGUGCCGGCUGGUCCUGUGUCAGCCCAGGCAGACCGAGUGCGGACAUCGCUUCUGCCAGAGCUGCAUUGCGCACAUACUCAGCCGUCCCAACCCGGUGUGUCCGGCCGACAUGGAGCCGCUGUUCAGCAACAAGAUCUUCCGAGACGUUUGCUGCCAUCGGGAAAUCCUGGCGUUGAAGGUGUACUGUCGCGCCGAAGCCAAAGGCUGCCAGGAGCAGAUGAGUCUGCAGCAGAUGCCCGAGCACCUGAACGUGUGCCCCUUCUUCGAGGUGCCGUGCCCGCUGGGCAAGUGCAAGGAGAGGAUGAUGAGGAAGGACAUCCCGGAGCACCUCGGCCGGAAGUGUAAACACAGAGAGACCGCCUGCGACUUUUGUCUCGCCAAGAUGCCGCUCACGGACCUGCAGAAGCACAAGGAGACGGUGUGUCCCGCCUUCCCGGUGUCGUGUCCAAACCUUUGCUCCUUCUCGUCGCUGCCCCGGAGCGAGUUUAGGGUGUACGCCGCCUCUCGCCCAGAGUCGGCUGGCGUAGGCGCCAGCACGCCUGCGACCCGUCAGGAGGAGAAGGGUACGGAAAAUGCUUGGAUCGUAAAGAAUUACGCACUUCACACAGUUCCAUGGACAAUGUGCUGCUUUGCCUGCUGUGCACACCUUGACCACCAGCUGACCAGUCACCAGCACGAGUGUCCUAAAGCUCAGGUCAGCUGCCCCUUCCAGCGCUACGGCUGCGCCUACAAGGCGCUGAGUCCGGAGGUCCGACAGCACGAGGCCGCUUGUGCCGCCGAGCACCUGAGGAUGAUGAUGCUCAAGAACGUCUCCCUGGAGAGCAAGGUCGAGGAGGUGAAGUGCGAGCUGUUGGACAAGUGCAAAUCUGUUCCUCUCGUGAGUUCUCGUCUUUGCGAGGCUGAGAAGCAGAACAGCGAGCUGAGAGACAAGCACAGACACAUGGAGCAGAAGGUGGCCUCCAUGCAGAAGGUGAUGAGCGCUCACUCCGAGAAGCUUCUGGAGGCGGAGCUGGAGCUUCGUUCUCUGGCGUCGCUGCGGGACGAGCUGGACAAGGUCCGUCUGUCCCUGGACGCCGUCCGCGCCAGGCUGGGCGCUCUGGAGCAAGGAGGACGCUCCGGAACCGGAACGCUCACCCUCGCCUCGCUGGAGACUCAGCAGAAUCGUCACGGCGACAUGCUGAGCGUCCACGACAUCCGGCUGGCCGACAUGGACCUCCGCUUCCAGGUCCUGGAGACGGCCAGCUACAACGGCACGCUGAUCUGGAAGAUCCGCGACUAUAAGCGUCGGAAACAGGAAGCGGUGGCGGCCAAGACUCUGUCGCUCUACUCGCAGCCUUUCUACACGGGAUACUUCGGCUACAAGAUGUGCGCCCGCGUCUACCUGAACGGAGACGGCAUGGGCAAGGGCACGCACCUGUCGCUCUUCUUCGUCGUCAUGCGCGGCGAGUACGACGCGCUGCUGCCGUGGCCGUUCAAACAGAAGGUGACCCUGAUGCUGAUGGACCAGGGUCCGGCGCGCAAGCACCUGGGCGACGCCUUCAAGCCGGACCCCAACAGCAGCAGCUUCCGGCGUCCCGCCGCAGAGAUGAACAUCGCCUCCGGGUGUCCGCUCUUCGUCUCGCAGAGCGUCCUGGAGUCGGCCAGCUACAUCAAGGACGACACCAUCUUCAUCAAGGUUACCGUGGAUACUUCUGACCUUCCUGAUCCGUGACUGACUGUGUGCCGUGUGACUCGGCCGCGCCCGCUCGGCGACGGGGGAGGAGUCCGUUCCAGACGACCGAUGGCGGGAGGGCGCGUCUUCCUUCUUCCGAUUGGCUGCUUGUGUGCGCGACAUGUGACGUAACCCCGGCGGAGACUCUUGUGCCGCGGGGCGAGGCCGUCGCGUUACCGAUGCCGUGCAUCGAGCUUGACUUCCCGUUUGGCAAGGCAUGCCGGGAAAUUCACGCCAGGAGCCGAGGAGCGCGGAAGCGUAGUUCGCCACGCGUCACGGAGUCGCGGCGACGUGGAUGUCGGACGUCUGGACGUUCGUUCCUGUGUGGACUUUUCACACGAGUCCCCCCAAAAAGAAAGACUUGCAGGUGUUGUUUUUGUUGUUGUGUUCGACAGGAAUAAAGAAAAUUCCCUAC